GCGCGGCGUGAACCGGUUUUAUCCAGAUCGACGCGGCGCGCUCGGUGAAGUGAGGAGCGUAGUAGUCCACUACGCAAGCGUAUGCAUGCAAUAUAUUUUUCUAACUAAUCUAUUGUUUUAAAUUUGCACGUUUACUUAUUACGAUGGAGGAAAAUAAUUACAAACGUCUCAAUUUGAAACGCGCGUCUAUUAAAGGCCGCGUAACUAAGUUUAAUAAUCAAUUAGAAGUUUUAAAGGGUCAAAUGUUAGAUCAAACUCAGAUUAACGUGCUAAAGCAAAGGUUAGCUAAAAUAGAGGCCCUAUUCGUUGAAUUCGACAGUGUGCAAGAUAGUAUUGAGGCGUUAGACGAGAAAGGUUUAAGUGCAGAGUUAGACAAUAGAGAAAAUGUCGAGCAGUCCUUUUACAAUUCUAUCGCUGAAGCCCAAAAUAUUAUUUCGAAGUGUAGUACAACAAAUGUUUCAUCUAGUGAACAAGGUAAUGUCACUUUGAUCGACAAAGAUGAUCAAGAAGUCAUUGGAUUCCGUUUGCCAGUCAUAAAAAUAAGUAAAUUUGACGGAACAUUUAAUAAGUGGUUAGAAUUUCGCGACACUUUUAGUUCGUUGAUACACAAUAAUUCUAAAAUAAAUAAUAUUCAUAAAUUUCAUUAUUUAAAUUCCUAUUUAGAGGGCGAAGCAGCUAGGGUAAUUUGUAAUCUUGAAGUUUCCGAAAUUAAUUAUCCUGAAGCUUGGGAUCUUCUUUGCAAACGUUACAACAAUACUCGUCAACUCAUAAAUAAUCACCUAAAGUCCUUGUUCAAUAUUGAGCCGUUGCGUGAGACUGAUAAAUCCUUGAGAUUCCUAGCAGAUCAUGUCACAAAGAAUUUACGUGCUCUUAAUACAUUAAAGCAACCCACUGAGCAUUGGGAUACCUUAGUCGUACACAUGGUCUCAUCGAAGUUAGACUCCAAUACGCGCUUUAAAUGGGAGGAGUAUAUACAAUCAAAUGUCAACGUACUCGAAGUACCCAGUUUAGAGAAUUUUAUGACGUUUAUAAAGGGUCGAGCUGAUAUUCUAGAGUCUGUCUAUCGCAGUAAGCAUGACAAAACCUCCAAGUUGCAUACCAAUCCUAAUCAGAGCACCAAAUAUAAUUUAGUUUCAAACCCAAGGUCAUUUGUUAGCUCUGAGCGGGGUGACUCAUCCUCACCAAGGUCUAUUAAGUGUGUCUUUUGUAACAACAAAGACCAUAGGAAUUAUGAGUGCUCAGAAUUUCAAUCAAAAUCAAUUGAUGAUAGACUAACCAUAGUCACAGACCUAAAAUUAUGUCGCAAUUGUCUGCAUAGGGGUCAUUAUCAGAAUGCCUGCAAGAUGCCAGGCACAUGUAAAAAAUGUAAAAGGCGUCAUAACACGCUCCUACAUAUUCCAACAGAAUCCCACACAAAUGAUAACAAUUCUGUGCCUAUUACAUUAUCAACUGUUUCUUCCUCCGAGACACUACUAUGUACUGCAUUAGUUGAUAUAAUUAAUCCGGCCACGAGUGAAUUUGUCACUACUAAGGCGCUAUUAGAUAGUGGUAGCCAGUCUUCAUUCAUAACUGAAGCUCUCACAGCGAAACUAAAUUUAACUUCUUUACAUUCCAAUAUUCAAAAUGUUGUUGGUAUAGGCAACACUGUUGCCAAACUCAAUUCAAAGCGUUGCGAUGUGUGCCUCCGGUCAAGGAUAGGUUCUUUCAGUGCCAAGAUUUCAUGUCUAGUCAUACCCCAAAUAUCCGGAAAAUUACCUAGGUCACUGAUAGAUAUAGCACACAUUGAUUUGCGGUCCAUUAAAUUAGCAGACCCCAACUUUUACAAACCUUCUGACAUAGGAUUGCUAAUAGGUGCCGACUUGUUUUGGACAAUUAUAGGAACCAAACAGCGUUCUUUAGGAAAUGGUAAUCCUAUCCUGCGUGAGUCCAAGCUAGGGUGGCUCAUCGCUGGUCCAAUAUAUAAUGUUAAAUUGGAUGCUUGUCUUGAUAUCAAAUCCUCCACUAAAUGUAAUUUUAGUAGCAUGGCAGACAACGAUAGUUUAGUAGAGCUACACAAUGAUUUACAGAAAUUCUGGAAAAUUGAAAGUUUGCCACAAAGGCCACUUCUCACAGACCAAGAAAGGGUUUGUGAGGCUCAUUUCUUGCAGCACACGGAACGUAAUCCAGAAGGUCGUUUCUGUGUCAAGCUGCCCCUGUUAGAAAGUCCAGAGCAUUUAGGUGAUUCCUACCUCAUAGCCAAACGGAGAUUCCUAAAUCUCGAACGCCGCUUUCGUAAACAACCCGAACUAAAGGAAUCAUAUGUAAGGUUUAUGGAAGAAUAUUCUCAGCUAGGACAUUUGUCCACAUCAGAAAAGGAUCAACCUGAGUGUGCCUAUUUUGUUCCACAUCACCCAAUCAUUCGGGAGGAUAGUGAAUCCACACGCCUUCGCGUUGUAUUUGACGCUUCAGCUCGUACCUCAUCUGGGCUAUCUGUAAAUGACAUACAAAUGGUAGGGCCAACGGUUCAAGACUCUCUGUUCAAUAUCUUAAUCCGGUUCCGACAAGGCCGCUAUGUAUUGUCAGCGGAUAUAGAAAAAAUGUAUAGGCAGGUGUUAGUUGACGAAUCUGACCGCAAUCUGCAGCUGAUUCUAUGGCGGAACGACGAAGACAAACCAUUACAAACGCUCAAACUUAACACUGUUACGUAUGGGUUUGCUAGCGCUAGUUAUCUUGCAACUAGGUGCCUCUGGCAAGUAGGUGAGGAAUGCAACAAUGAUUUAAUUAAAACUAUUAUCCAAAAAGAUUUCUAUGUUGACGAUUUGCUGACAUCUAGUGACGAUGAGUACCAAUUGUGUAAGAUACAAGAAUCAACGCAUUUGAUCCUUGCCAAGGCUGGUUUUAAUCUGCGAAAAUAUCGUUCUAAUUCACCAUCCAUCCUUUCUUCCAACAGCAUUCAAUCAAGUGGCAACUUAAAUUUAAGUCAAUCAACAAACACGCUUGGUCUGGAUUGGAAUCCCCUUUCAGACACUCUUCAAUUUCCUAUUACUAUGGUAGAUUCUCAGAUUAUUACAAAGAGAACAAUUUUAUCCACUACAUUCAAGAUUUUUGAUCCUUUAGGUCUAUUAUCAUUGUCUACUAUAAUCCCCAAAAUUUUAAUUCAGACCUUAUGGUCAUUAAAACUUGACUGGGAUGAUCCUGCACCCAGCCAAGUUGUUGAAAUAUGGAAACAAUUUAUUGAUGGUCUUAAGUCAAUUUCAUCUCUGUCCAUACCUAGAUGGACGUCCAUAGCAGAUCCAACUGCGGUGGAAAUGCAUUGUUUCUGUGACGCAUCUCAACGCGCAUACGGUGCAUGCUUGUACCUUCGAUCAACCGACACAGAAGGAAAGGCGCACAUCCACCUUCUGUGUGCCAAAUCUCGCGUUGCUCCUGCCUCCAAUCCUAUCACGAUACCCCGCCUCGAACUUUCGGGAGCAUUGCUCGCUGCUGAGAUGUCGUGCGCGGUAACUCAAGCUUUGCGAAUCGGCAUAUCGCGACAUUUUUACUGGACGGAUUCCAGUGUAGUCCUUGGCUGGCUGCGUAAUGGCUCUUCCAAUUUAAAAACUUUUGUUGCCAAUCGAGUCGCAGCUAUAAGAGAACUGUCUGACACAGAUUCAUGGCAUCAUGUUCCCACUGAACACAAUCCGGCUGACCUUCUUUCUCGUGGAGUACAUCCUCAGCAGAUUGCAGUCUGCGAUUUAUGGUGGCAUGGUCCCAAUUUUUUAUCAUUGCCUAGGUGUCAUUGGCCUUGCAGUCAGCCGAAGUCUAUGGAAUUGAAAGACUUGCCAGAAGUUAAGUCUCAUUCUGCAGCUAUUUCUCAUCCAGAUUUGCCAACUAUUGACUUUCAUAAAUAUUCUAAGUUAAGAAAAUUACAACGCAUUAUAGCCUAUAUGUACAGAUUUGUUAACAAUUGCAAGAAACCAAAUUGCAAAUCCACAGACUCUUUAACUAUUUCAGAAUUAGAUAAGGCCUUUUAUUCAUUAAUUUAUGUUUCACAGAUAGAGUCAUUCACCAAGGAAUAUGAUACUCUUUUAAAGGGCAAGUCAUUAAAUCCUAAGUCAAACAUUGCUGCGCUAGACCCAUUUUUACACGAUCAAAUUAUUAGAGUAGGGGGUAGAAUCCAAGCAUCAGAAUACAGUUUUGACAUGAAACAUCCCAUUUUGCUGAGCCCGAAUCACAAUUUUACCAAGCUUUUAUUUCAACAAGAACAUGAGCGACUUUUGCAUGUAGGUCCUCAAGCUUUAUUAUGUUCCUUAAGGACGCGUUUUUGGCCCAUCGGUGGCAGAAACUUGGCGCGGCGCGUUGUAAACCACUGUAUGGUUUGCCGUCGUUCUAGAGGCAAAACCAUGAAAAAUAUAAUGGGAAAUCUCCCUGCCGAAAGACUUACGCCGGAUUUUCCUUUUGUUACGGUUGGCACCGAUUUUGCAGGACCAUUUCUGAUUGCUGAUCGCAAGGGGCGCGGCUGUAAGAUUACGAAAUGUUAUUUAUGCAUUUUCAUAUGCUUUAGAUAUAAGUGCAUUCACUUGGAAGCUGUAAGCGAAUUGUCUAAGGACGCCUUUAUUUUAACUUUGAAGCGCUUCAUCUCUCGGAGAGGCCUGCCAAAGCAAAUAUUUUGCGAUAAUGGAAGCAAUUUUGUUGCUGCUUCACGCGAACUAGGAGAAUUUUUUAAAUGUAAUGCUAAUAAUGUAAUUGAUUUUGCCGCUGGCGAAGGCAUCGAAUUUCGCUUCUCUCCUGCAUACGCUCCUCACUUCAACGGCUUAAUGGAGGCUUGUGUGAAAUCCGCUAAGUUUCACAUUACUAGAGUGUUAGGUGUUGCACACCUCACGUAUGAGGAAUUGUCUUCCCUUUUCACGCAAAUAGAGAGCAUUUUAAAUAGUCGACCCCUUUGUCCAUUGAGCUCCUCUCCAACCGAUUAUUAUCCUUUAACCCCGGGCCACUUUUUGAUUGGUAGACCUCUUGCAUCGCUUCCAUCCCCGGAUUUUCAAGACAUUAACGAGAAUCGCCUCGACAGGUUCAAGCGAUUGGAGCAGCUCAAACAGCACUUCUGGCAGCGCUGGAGCCGUGAAUACAUAGCAGAAUUGCAGACAAGAACCAAGUGGCGCACAAGCUCGAGCGGCUUACAGAAAGACGACUUAGUCCUUUUGAAGGAAGAACAUGCCCCACCAUUGUAUUGGCGUCUCGGCCGUGUGUCUGCAUUGUUUCCAGGACCUGACGGUGUGGUGCGCGUCGCAGACAUUGCCACUGCCAAAGGAGUGGUGCGACGAGCACUCAACAGAAUUGCAGCUCUUCCGAAACCUGAAAUCCUUACGAGCUAAGGUUUCCAGCGCCGGGAGUAUGUCGCGUGACGCGCCAGCGCCGCGGCUCGCCGCCGAAGGGGCUCGCGGGGAUGCGGCCCGGCAGCGGGGAGAGAGCGCACCGCGAGGGGUGCGGGGGCGCCUGCUACAGCGCUCGCCCGGCCACGCCGCCUCGCCACUCGCCCACGAACGCCCGCACGAGGACACCGUGCGGCUUGGUGCACGCAAAAUUUGCCGAAUUGACAUGUAAUUUGUAACCUAAGGAAACGUGAAUAUAAUAAUUUUGUCAA